CAACGUUUGCGCACGCGCUCUACGAACGGACGGUGCUCCGCGUGCAUGCCGCUACCUACAUCCGGUUGAUCUCAACUGUCGUCUGCGUUCUCAUGUAACGCACAUAAUUUCUGCAAAUACUGUGCGGUAAUGGCCCUCAGACGGCCUAUAAAGGCUGUGCUUCUCGAUUUGAGUGGUACGCUGCACAUUGAAGAUACAGUUGUGAAGGAUGCAGUUCGGGCAGUGCAGAGGUUGCGAGAAGCAAACAUCAAGAUUCACUUCAUUACAAACACAACGAAGGAGCCAAGGCAUUUUCUGCACAAACGUCUGCGAAAGAUGGGAUUCCAUUUAACGGAGGAUGAUAUUACCUCCUCGCUCACUGCGGCCAAGUCCUAUCUGCAGGCACGUAACUUAAGGCCUUUACUCAUGGUGUCAGAUGCAGCCAUGGAAGAAUUUCAAGAUAUCGACACAAAUAACCCCAAUGCCGUCGUGGUCGGGUUGGCGCCCAAAAAGUUUGACUUCAAUCCUAUGAACGAAGCAUUCCGGCUUCUGUUAGAUAAGGCUCAACUGAUUGCCAUACAUAAGGCACGGUACUACAGAACCAAGACUGGCUUGGCCCUAGGUCCCGGGCCGUUUGUCACCGCUCUGGAGUAUGCUACUGACAAAGUGGCGAAAGUGGUUGGGAAGCCUGAGAAGAGCUUCUUUGUGGAAGUGUUAAAACGUAUAAAAUGUGAUCCCGAAGAGACUGUCAUGGUGGGAGAUGAUGUACGUGAUGAUAUUGAUGGUGCACAGAAAGUUGGCAUGCGAGGCAUCUUGGUCAUGACAGGAAAGUACAUGUACCUGGAUGAACUGAAGAUUUCCCCAAGACCAUGGGCAACUGCUUCUUCAGUACUUGAAGCUGUUGAUAUGAUACUGAAUGAAGAUAAGCAGCCAAAAUCUACUGUCCCUCUACCGUGAACAAGAUAGCUGAAUAAAUUUUGCUACAAACUUGUA